GGUUAUUACUGUCCUGCUGGCACCCGCUAUUCCAAUGAGUUUCCCUGUCCCAGUGGAACAUUUGGCAAUGAAACUGGACUCCAGAAUGAGGCAAAUUGUACAGAGUGUCCCUGUGGCUAUUACUGUGAUCAGCCUGCCCAGACCACUUACUCAAAGAUCUGCAAUGCAGGGUACUACUGUCGCAGUGGUGCAGCCUCUGGCACACCUCUACAGGGAUACGAAGCUGAUGAGUGCCCUGCUGGCUACUACUGCCCCAUGCAGUCUUGUGAACCCCAGUCUUGUCCCAUAGGAACAUUCUCCAGCAGUACAAGACUCACAGAUAUUACUGAGUGUCUCAACUGUACUGCAGGCUAUUACUGUGGCAAUCAGAGUUUGAUAGCUCCCAGUGGGGAAUGUGACGCAGGGUAUUACUGCCCUGGCAGUGCAACAACCCCUGACUUCAUAGUCUGCCCCGAAGGUCACUACUGCACUGAAGGUACAGCCAACCCCAUUAAGUGCCCAGUUGGGACAUACAGCAAUAUAACUGGACUGAAAAAUGAUACAGAAUGUUUCCCUUGUCCUGGAGGCUGGUAUUGUGAGACUGAGGGUCUCUUAGAACCAACAGGAAGAUGUGAUCCUGGAUACUAUUGUCCAAUAGGAUCAGUAUGGAGUGGUACCCCAGCGACUGUCUGCCCAGUUGGUCAUUACUGUCCCGAGGGAACAGGCCCAGAUCCUAUCCCCUGCAAAAACAACAGCUAUGUGAACCACACCCAGGCUACUGAGUGCUACCUCUGUCCCCAGGGAUAUUACUGUGUUGCAUCAGGUCAGAAUGCAAUUUGCCCAAUGGGGUACUAUUGCCCUGCAGGGACUGGGCUAGACUGGCAGGCUUGUCCCAGAGGAACAUACAGUGACCAGGAGGGCAAUUAUGAGGAAGCCCAGUGUAAACCAUGCCCAGAGGGCAAGUACUGCGAUGGAGAACAUCUAGCAGCACCCUCAGGGGAUUGUGCUGCAGGCCAUUGGUGUAACUCUGGAGUUGAUAGGGAGUUUCCAAAUGGCAUCAACCAAACAGCUCCUUUAAACAACAGUUGCUAUGACGACAGAGCUGUAGGGUAUGGUGGUAUAUGUCCUGUAGGCCACUAUUGUCCAACAGGAAGUGUCAACCCAGAGCCCUGUCCCAAUGGAACAUAUGCCAAUGUGGAGGGCUUAGGUCUAUGCAUUAUUUGUCCUAAGGGUUACUACUGCCCGAGUGGUGCUGUGAACUACACUGACUAUGAUUGCCCCAGUGGACACUACUGUCCAGAUGGCACUGAGGCAUGGAACCAGUACCCAUGUGCUGCUGGCAAAUACAACAACAUAACUCAGCGGACUAAAGUUGAAGACUGCUUAGAUUGUCCAGGUGGCCAGUACUGUGAACAAACAGGCCUGACAACACCAACUGGCCUCUGUAAGGCAGGCUAUUACUGCACUGGCGGAUCAGCCACUGACCAGCCCCCCACUGCUUACUGUGUAGCUGGAGAAUACUGCCCUGAGGGAUCACACAUACAAACACCAUGUGACCCUGGCUGGUAUUGCGCUACUGAUUAUCUUGGAGCAAUGUCUGGCCAGUGUUUUGGAGGAUACUACUGCACAUCAUCAGCUACUAUGCCUAACCCAAAUGAUGGCACCACUGGAGAUAUUUGUCCUCAUGGAGCAUUCUGUCCCAAUGGUACAGCUGCCCCUCAACUCUGUCAGGCUGGUUACUACCUCAACAGC